AUGACGCAGUCUGAAGAGGCUCUGAGCCGGAAUCCAGGAGGGACGCUUGGCGCAAACCUGAUGAGAAGGUGGAUGCUUCUCAAAGGUGCCGUUCAGAGGAAGGGACAGACGCAGGGAGGCACAUCCUUCUCCUCUGACUUUUCCACCAUGGCCAAACAGGAUCCCAUGGACUCACAGAACAUGGACUUGUCCUGGGAAGUGAGAGCUAAUGACCGCCAGUUCCACAAACGACUACAGAGGAGAUCCGUUCUGUGUUUCCGAAAGGGGAAAUACGCUGACAAUGUGGUACGCAGCUACAAAUACUCCCCCUUGACCUUCCUGCCCCUCUCGCUGUAUGAACAGUUCCAGCGCACAGCAAAUGUCUUCUUCCUACUCAUGGUGAUACUGCAGUGUGUUCCAGCCAUUUCCACUCUACAGUGGUACACCUCCAUGAUCCCACUGCUGAUGGUACUGUCUGUGCGGGGUCUCAAAGACCUGGCUGAUGACCUGGCCCGGCGACGGAGUGACACACAGAUUAACAGACGGCCCUGUGAAGUGCUGAACUCUCAGGGUUUCUCCUCAGCUCAGUGGCAGGACAUAUGUGUGGGGGAUGUGCUUCGGCUCCAUGCAGACCAAAUAGUUCCGGCAGAUCUGCUCCUCCUUUGCAGCUCGGAGCCCCACAGCCUCUGCUACGUGGAGACGGCUGACAUUGAUGGGGAGACUAACCUUAAAUAUCGCCAAGCUCUGGCCAUCACCCACCAGGAGCUGAGCACUGAUCCCAUCGAGCCUGCCCUUUUGGCUUUUAAUGGCUCAGACAGUAAGAUUCUGCAGAACUGCGGCCGACUGGUUGUGAAGAGGACUCAGGUGGAGAUUGUCCUGAACAGAGGUGUUAUUGGGAUUGUUGUCUUCCUGCUGCUGAGUGCUCUGCUCUUGGCAGUGGGGUCAGGUGUAUUCGAGUCUCAGGUGUCCCCCCACAGUGAGGUGCUGUCAGCCCUAAGGGGUGACCAUUCGCCUGCCUACAGAGCCUUCCUCACGUUCUGGGGCUACGUGAUCCUGCUGAGCCCUGCCAUGCCCAUGUCCCUGUACAUCACGUUCGAGGUGAUUCACGUGUUCCUCAGCCUGCUGAUCAGCUGGGAUCUGGACCUUUACGAGGAGGAGAGUGAGACGCCGGCGCAGGCCCGCAGCACGGUGCUUAACGAGGAGCUCGGCCAAGUGGGCUACCUGCUCAGCGACAAGACCGGCACUCUCACACAGAACCGUCUGCUCUUCCGCCAGUGCUGCAUCGCCGGCUUCCUCUACGGAGCGAUGCCAGAUACUGUGGAGAAACCAGAGUUCCCGCAGCCUUUGGACCUGAGCUGGAACCCCUACUCAUGUGGUGGCCUGCAGUUCUAUGACCAGCGGCUGGUGGACAGGCUGCGGGGACAGCAAUGCCCAGAGACACGGGAGUUCUUCACCGCACUGGCACUGUGCCACACUGUCAUGGCAGAGCGGCGUGAGGGGGUCUUGGUGUACCAGGCUGCUUCCCCUGACGAGGGCGCCCUGGUUGGAGCUGCGCGGGACCUGGGCUGCGUGUUUCUCUCUCGAACCCGGGACUCACUGACACUGAGCGAGCAGGGCAACACACGCCAGUACCAGCUGCUCGCCCUGCUCGACUUCACUAGCCAGAGGAGACGCAUGUCUGUCCUGGUGAGGGAGCCAGAGGGUGGGCUGAAGCUGUAUUGUAAGGGUGCUGACAUUGUCAUCCUGGAGAGACUACAGCAGAACUGCAUUCACAGAGAAAGCACUGAGAGAGCGUUGGAGCUCUUCGCACAAGGCUGUCUGAGGACUCUGUGUGUAGCUGUGCGCUCAGUGAAGGAGGAGUUAUGGGAGGAGUGGAGCCAAGUGCUAUCCCAAGUUGCCACAGCGACACGUUACCGCGAAGACAUGCUUGAGCAGCUAUACAACAACAUGGAGAGUGAACUGACGUUGCUGGGUGUGACAGCCAUUGAAGACCGGCUGCAGGUGGGGGUCCCUGAAACCAUCAACACUCUCAGACAAGCGGGGGUCAAGGUUUGGGUGCUGACCGGAGACAAAAAAGAAACAGCAGUGAACAUUGGAUACUCCUGCAGUCUGCUGGACCCAGACACCACGCUGCUGCAGGCAGAGGAGCUGAGGCAACUUCUCCAGAGCCCAGACCCAGAGAUUAGCCUCAGCAAGGGCAAUGAAUCUGGCUAUUGGGGCAAAGACAGGAAGAGGGAGGGGAACAGAAUGGCCCUGGUGAUCACUGGACCUGAACUGGUGGAAAUGGAGGAGAAGCCAGACUGGGGCAAGCGCUUCGUGGCCCUGUCCAAGCAUUGUCAGUCAGUGCUGUGUUGCCGUGUGACACCGGGGCAGAAGGCAGCCGUGGUCCAGCUUGUUAGGAAACACACCUCUGCCAUCACCAUGGCUAUUGGAGAUGGGGCCAAUGAUGUGAACAUGAUUAAGACGGCUCACAUAGGAGUGGGACUGAGUGGAAUGGAGGGCAGUCAAGCGGUGCAGAAUGCUGACUAUUCAUUGGCCCAGUUUCGCUUUGUGGGCAAACUGCUAUUGGUCCACGGGCGCUGGGCGUACCGCCGCAUCUGUAUCUUCCUCCGCUACUUCUUGUACAAGACUUCCACGUUCGCUUUGGUGCACAUCUGGUUUGGUUUCUACAAUGGUUUCAGUGCACAGGCUAUGUAUGAGAACUGGUUCAUCACUUUGUACACAGUCAUGUAUACAAUCCUGCCCAUACUGAGUGUGGCUGUAUUUGAUCAGGACAUCAGUGCAAAGGCCAGUAUGCACUGGCCAGAGCUCUACCAGGUGGGGCAGCGGCAGGAGCUCUUCAACCCCUGGCAGCUGUCGGCUGCCAUUCUCUACUCCACCUACACCUCCCUGGUCCUCUUUUUCAUACCUCUCGGCGUCUUCCACUAUUCUGCUCUCGAUUACCAGACCUUCGCAGUCACCGUGGCAACAGCUGCGGUCUUCACCGUCACUGCUGAGGUAACUCUUCAGACAGGAUUCUGGACGAAGUACAAUGCUAUAGCGGUUUUCCUGAGUCUCGCCAUGUAUUUUGUGUCAACAGUGAUACUGCAUAGCCCCCGUCUGCAUGCAGCAGCACCCACAGACUACUAUUUCCCUGGUGCGUCUCUGAAUGCCUUCGCGAACCCCCUGCUGUGGCUGAUCACUCUGUUGACCGCCUUCACCGCAGUGCUCCCCUCGCUGACUGCCCGUGCCCUCGCACUCGUCCUCAACCCCAUGGACACGCACCGGGUUCACAGCUCAGAUCCCGCUUCGUCGAGGGGAACUUUGGAGAUGCAGGCACGCUUCAGGAGGGGCGAUCUCCACCGCCGCUCAUCCUACGCCAUGUCCCAGGGCCGGGGCUUCGGACGCCUCAUAACCUCGGGGGUCGGACUCCGCAGCACAGCUCCUCAGCAGGGCGGGGAGCAGACAGCAGGCAAAACUUCCCCGGAACCAGGACACAAACUAGAACAGGAGGACACCAGUGCUCUCAGGACUUCACGCUGA